CGUAAGAGGAAGACAGCAGAAGCAGAGCCCAGCUGUGUGUCUCUGAAGAGUGACCAGUCUAUGAAUCCUCCAUUAAAAUUUAAGAGUGAACACACAGGACCUGCUAUUAGUGUGGAUAGAGAUCAUCAGACUGGAGACCUGCAGCAGGAUUCAGUCCAACCAGAACAUGAUGAACUCCAGAGAGUCAAAGAGCAGCACAAAACCAGCAUGAAGAACAGGUUUGAGAGAUUAUUUGAGGGAAUCAACCAUCGAGAGACUCAAACCCUCCUGAACAGGAUCUACACACAGCUCUACAUCAUAGAAGGAGAGAGUGAAGGAGUGAAUGAAGAACAUGAGGUUUUACAGAUGGAGAAAACAGCCAGAACAGAACCCUCACAACACACUCCAGUCUACUGCAAUGACAUCUUUAAAGCCUCAGCUGGAGCAGGACAUGAGGAGAAGAUCAAGAAGAAGAAAGCCCAGAUCAAGACUGUUCUCACUAAAGGCAUCGCUGGAAUCGGGAAAACCGUCUCUGUGCAGAAGUUCAUUCUGGACUGGGCCGAGGGAAAAGACAAUCAGGAUGUAGAUUUCAUGUUUGUGCUUCCAUUUCGAGAGCUGAACUUGAUCAGAGAUCAUCAGUACAGUCUUCACAGACUUCUGCUGGACUUUCAUCCUGAACUUGAAGAUCUGGAGCCCAAGAUUUAUGAGCAGUGUAGAGUUGUGUUCAUCUUUGAUGGUCUGGAUGAAAGCAGAAUCACACUCAACUUUUCAGAUGAGGAGAAAGUUUGUGCUGUGACUGAAUCUUCAUCAGUGGCUGUGUUGAUGUGGAGCCUCCUGAAAGGAGAUCUGCUUCCCUCUGCUCUCAUCUGGAUCACCUCCAGACCAGCAGCAGCCCAUCAGAUCCCAUCCAGAUACAUCAACCGUCUGACAGAAAUUCAGGGAUUCACUGAGCCUCAGAAGGAGGAAUAUUUCAGGAAGAGAAUCAGCGACGAGCAUCAAGCCAGCAGAAUCAUCUCCCACAUCAGAAGAGCAAGAAGCCUCCAGAUCAUGUGCCACAUACCCGUCUUCUGCUGGAUCUCCUCCACUGUGCUUCAGAAGCUCCUAGAAGACGAUGUGAGUGCAGAAAUCCCUCAAACUCUGACUGAGAUGUACAUCCACUUCCUGCUGAUUCAGAUCAACAUGAGGAAUCGGAAGUAUGAAGAGAGAGAUCCAGAGAAACUCCUGCAGUCCAGCAGAGGAGUGAUCCUCAAACUUGCUGAAGUGGCUUUCAGACAGCUGAUGAAGGGCAAUGUGAUGUUCUAUGAGGAGGACCUGAUUGAGAGCGGCAUAGACGUCACUGACGCCUCAGUGUAUUCUGGGAUCUGCACUGAGAUCUUCAAGGAGGAAUCUGUGAUUCAGCAGAGGAAAGUCUACAGCUUCAUCCAUCUCAGCUUUCAGGAGUUUCUGGCUGCUUUCUAUUUGUUUUACUUCCAUUUAACAAAGAACACAGAAGAGCUGGAGUCGAUUUAUGACAGUGAAGAUUCAGAUGAUGAAGAUGAGUGGGUGGAAGGAAAUGAGAACUCUCUGUAUAUACUCCUCAGUUCAGCAGUAGAUAAUGCUGUAGAGAGCAGUAAUGGUCAUCUGGAUCUGUUCCUGCGGUUCCUGCUGGGCAUCUCACUGGAGUCUAAUCAGAGACUCUUCCAGGAUCUACUGACACACACAGAGCAGAGCUCAGAGAGCAUCAGAGAAACCACACAGUACAUUAAAGAGAAGAUUAAGGGAAAUGAUAUCAGCGCAUCAUGUGAUGAAGACGAUAAUAACCCGGUCUCAACUGACAGAUCCAUAGAUUUACCUUUGAAUGAAGAAGAUAAUAACAAUGUCUCAGCUGACAGAUCCAUCAAUCUGUUCCUCUGUCUGCUGGAGGUGAAAGAUCAGACUCUGUCCAGAGAGAUUCAGGAGUUUGUGAAAUCAGACAAACACUCAGAGGAGAGACUCACUCCUGCUCACUGCUCUACAAUCUCCUACAUGAUUGAGAUGUCAGAGGAGUCGCUGGAUGAGUUUGAGCUGAGAAAAUACAACACAUCAGCUGAGGGAAGACUGAGACUGAUACCAGCUGUGAGAAACUGCAGAAGAGCUCUGCUACAGGGCUGUAAUCUCUCUGCUCAGUUCUGUGAGAGUUUGUCUUCAGUUCUACAAUCCUCAAACUGUGUCCUGAGAGAGCUGGACCUGAGUAACAAUGACCUGCAGGAUUCAGGAGUGAAGAAGCUCUCUGAUGGACUGAAGAGUCAACACUGUAAACUGGAGACACUGAGAUUGUGCAAGUGUAAUCUCACUGUUCAGUCCUGUGAGAGUUUGUCUUCAGCUCUUCAAUCCUCAAACUGUAUCCUGAGAGAGCUGGACCUGAGUAACAAUGACCUGCCGGAUUCAGGAGUGAAGCUUCUCUCUGAUGGACUGAAGAGUCAACACUGUAAACUGGAGACACUGAGAUUGUGCAUGUGUAAUCUCACUGCUCAGUCCUGUGAGAGUUUGUCUUCAGCUCUUCAAUCCUCAAACUGUGUCCUGAGAGAGCUGGACCUGAGUAACAAUGACCUGCCGGAUUCAAGAGUGGAGCUUCUCUCUGAUGGACUGAAGAGUCCAGAUUGUAAACUGGAGAUACUGAGAUUGUGCAUGUGUAAUCUCACUGUUCAGUCCUGUGAGAGUUUGUCUUCAGCUCUACAAUCCUCAAACUGUGUCCUGAGAGAGCUGGACCUGAGUAACAAUGACCUGCCGGAUUCAGGAGUGGAGCUUCUCUCUGAUGGACUGAAGAGUCCAGACUGUAAACUGGAGACACUGAGAUUGGUUGUGUGUAAUCUCACUGCUCAGUCUUGUGAGAGUUUGUCUUCAGCUCUACAAUCCUCAAACUGUGUCCUGAGAGAGCUGGACCUGAGUAACAAUGACCUGCAGGAUUCAGGAGUGAAGCUUCUUUCUAAAGGAAUGGCAUACUGUAAUCUGGAGACACUGAGAUUGUGCAAGUGUAAUCUCACUGCUCAGUCCUGUGAGAGUUUGUCUUCAGCUCUACAAUCCUCAAACUGUGUCCUGAGAGAGCUGGACCUGAGUAACAAUGACCUGCAGGAUUCAGGAGUGGAGGAGCUCUCUGAUGGACUGAAGAGUCAACACUGUAAACUGGAGACACUGAGAUUGUCUGGCUGUAUGGUGACAGAGGAAGGCUGUGGUUUUCUGUCUUCAGCUCUGACUUCAAACCCCUCACACCUGAGAGAGCUGGAUCUGAGCUACAAUCAUCCAGGAGAUUCAGGAGUCAAGCUGCUCUCUGAACAACUGGAGGAUCCAAACUACACACUGGACAAACUCAAUGUAGAUCAUGGAGGAGAGAAGAGGAUUACAGCAGGACUGCACAAAUAUGCCUGUUUCUUCACACUGGACCCAAACACAGCAAACGCUGAACUCAUUCUGUCUGAGGAGAACAGAGAGGUGACCCGUGUGGGAGAGAGGCAGCCGUAUCCUCAUCAUCCAGACAGAUUUGAUCAUCCUCAGGUGUUGUGCGGAGAGAGUGUGUGUGGACGCUGCUACUGGGAGAUUGACUGGAGUGGAGAUUAUGGUGUGGACAUAUCAGUGUCAUAUAAGAGCAUCAGGAGGAAGGGAUACUAUGAUGAGUUUUUAUUUGGACAUAAUGAUCAGUCCUGGAGUUUGAUCUGCGCUUCCUCCAGAUUCUCAUUCAUACACAAUAACACAGAGACUCGUCUCUCAGUGAAGCCGCUCAGCAGGAGAAUAGGAGUGUUUGUGGAUCACAGUGCAGGAACUCUGAUCUUCUACAACAUCUAUAGAGACACAAUGAGCCUCAUCCACUCAGUCCAGACCAUAUUCACUGAGCCGCUCUGCCCUGGGCUUAGGGUUCAUUCUGGAUCAUCAGUGAAACUGAGAGACUGAGGAGAGAUUUACCCUCUUUGGUGGUGAAACACUUUACUAUAACAGUACAUGAAUUCAGAUGUACGUUAAGUAUAUGUAAAUGAAGUGUGCUAAAGAAAAGCUUUUUUACCACCUUAUCCCUUGCUUCACUCUGGAGGGUAAACCCUAAGAAGGCAUUAGGUCAUAGGGAUGAGCCCUUCUUAAUGGCAUGCAGCAUGUGAGUGUGUGAAUCCACCCCGUUCUCCAAAUUAGCCAGGGGAACAAAGGAACUCUCCCACUCAAGUUUUCCUCUCUCAGUCAGGAGAGAGUUCUCGCUUUAUUUUCCAAUAAUUUAAAAAGUUUUCAUGCCUCGCUCAUCCCUUUAUCCCUCGCUCAUCCCUCGACUGUCACAUGUGGCAUCAAAGUACCACGACAGCGCUCCGAGAUCAGACGACUGAUUCAGCCGGUGCAGCAUCUGAAGAGCGACUGCUGGAGCUGCGAUGACGACACCGAUAUUACACGAUUAGCCGAGUUCACCGCAUGACAACAACCACGUGUGUUUCAGCUUUAUUAUUGGACAACUUCCCAUUCACAAAUUUCAAAACAAACAAUUCACUUUCAUACCCUCUCUAUCCUGUACAUGUAACAAGUACUCAAUUAAGUUACGUUUACGUUAUAAAUUCAGCAAAAUCUUUGUCUUGUUUGUAACUAAUAUGUGGGAAAUAAAAGAGAAAAUGUUUUGUUUUUGUUUUGACAUUGCCGUGGUGACGUCAGUGACAUCGCGCGCGCUUUGGUUCAAUCUGUCAGGACAGAGCAGAGCGAGGUAGGCGUUUACUCCUGUCCCGUGGAAAAUGUGUGUAAAGUAGAAAAAUUUGUAAUUUAGAUGACGUGAGUUGUGUUAUAACAUGUACACGAGUUAUAUGAGUGUGCUUGGGUUCUUUAUACCGUGUUUUAACCUGCCAAACUGUCAUUUUAACCAGGAGAAGUGCAGUGGACGAUAUUAGCAUGAACUUUACAUUUACAUUUACAUUUAGUCAUUUAGCAGACGCUUUUAUCCAAAGCGACUUACAAAUGAGGACAAGGAAGCAAUUUACACAACUAUAAGAGCAGCAGUGAACAAGCGCUAUAGACAAGUUUCAGGUGUGUAAAAGUCUAAGAAGCAAAGCAUUAGUAAAAAAAAUUUUUUUUUUUUUUUUUUUUUUUGUGAGAGAGAGAGAGAGAGAGAGAGAGGGCACAGUUUGUGGUAUAGCCAGAGAGGCAAUUAAGAUUAGGAGGGAAAGUGGAGACUAAACAGUUGAGUUUUUAGUGGUUUCUUGAAGACAGCAAGUGACUCUGCUGUUCUGAUGUAGUUAGGGAGUUCAUUCCACCAACUGGGCAGAUUGAAUGUGAGAGUUCGGGAAAGUGAUUUCUUCCCUCUUUGGGAUGGAACAGCGAGGCGACGUUCAUUCACAGAACGCAAGUUUCUGGAGGGCACAUAAAUCUGCAGAAGUGAGAGCAGAUACGAAGGAGCACAGCUAGAGGUCACUUUGUAAGCAAACAUCAGAGCUUUGAAUUUGAUGCGGGCAGCAACUGGCAGCCAGUGCAAACGGGUGAGUAGCGGAGUGACAUGUGCUCUUUUGGGUUCAUCAAAGACCACUCGUGCUGCUGCGUUCUGAAGCAGCUGAAGAGGUUUGAUGGAAUUAGCUGGAAGCCCGGCUAGCAGAGAGUUGCAAUAGUCCAGUUUGGAGAGAACAAGAGCUUGAACAAUGAGUUGAGCUGUAUGUUCAGAUAGGAAGGGUCGGACCUUUCUGAUGUUGUAGAGUGCGAAUCUGCAAGAUCGGGCAGUUCUAGAAAUGUGCUCAGAGAAGUUCAGUUGGUCAUCAAUCGUUACUCCAAGGCUUUUUACCAUUUUGGAUGCAGUGAUGGUUGCUCCGUCCAUCUGGAUUGAGAAGUUAUGGUGAAGAGUCGUGUUGGCAGAAACUUCAAGCAUUUCCGUUUUCAUGAGGUUAAGCUGGAGAUGAUGAUCUUUCAUCCAGUGUGAAAUGUCUGACAGGCAGGCUGAAAUGCGAGCUGGAACCGAGGGAUCAUCAGGGUGAAAAGAGAGGUAUAGCUGGGUAUCAUCAGCAUAGCAGUGGUAGGAAAAACCAUGUUUCUGGAUGACUGUUCCUAAAGAUGCCGUGUAGAUAGAGAAGAGAAGUGGCCCAAGAACAGAACCCUGAGGUACCCCAGUGUUUAGAUGCUGUAGGUUGGACACCUCUCCCCUCCACGACACCCUGAAUGACCUGUCCGAGAGGUAAGAACUGAACCAUUGAAUAACAGUGCCUGCGACGCCCAGUGACUCAAGCGUAGAUAGCAGGAUCUGGUGGUUUACAGUGUCAAAAGCAGCUGAUAAAUCCAGCAAGAUGAGGACAGAUGAUUUAGA